AAAGAAUAUCCCGGUCUCAACCGGUUUCAACCGGUCCGUGGUUGGAAGCAUGAGCUUAGAGGAAGAGCCCACUUGCACGCAUUAAAACAUCUCUGCUCUCCAACAGUGUGUGCGAAUAGAAUCAGAAAUAAACACGAAACUCUUUUUACUUCGUGAUUAUGACCCGGAAUACUGCUCUAAAGUGUGACUCCGAGAAUCUGUGUUGUUAGCUUAGCUUAAAUGAGCCCGCAGACCAGAAUCUUCAUUGACUUUUCCAUUAGCACGCUACAUUGCUAUUAGCCUGGUAAAAGGGAGGCGGCUGUAAUCACUGAUCGCUAAAGACAAAUAUACGUUUUUCUGGCUGAAGACAAGAAACUAUAGGCUGUGGUAAUCUGCGGAAAGCUUUUUAAUACACCGCCAAGAAUCGAUAAGUAUCCGUGUAACGGUGUUUUUAAAUUAGAGCUGUUGGUGUCAUCCAGUGAAGCUAACGUUAGCAUUUUAGCUAUCGAAGGUUAGGAGCAAACGUGUGUCAUGAGAUAACGUUUCAUCGCUUUGAGAGGACUCGUAUUACUACAAGACACAUCUGAUAGGACAGUUAUUGAUUCCAAGGAAAGGACAGGACACACAAGAGGCUCUAUGCCAGCCGAAAUGACGAUGUUGGCCGAUCACCCAGCCAGACAGCUGCUGGACUUCACUCAGAAGCUGGACAUCAACCUGCUGGAUAAUGUUGUCAACUCCAUGCACCAUGACAUUGGAUCACAGCAAAGAGUGGCCCAGGAAGUUCUCACAAACCUCAAGGACCACCCAGACGCCUGGACGAGGGUCGACACCAUCCUGGAGUUCUCCCAGAAUAUGAAAACAAAAUAUUACGCACUGCAGAUUCUGGAGACGGUCAUCAAAACACGCUGGAAAAUUCUUCCUAGAAAUCAGUGUGAAGGUAUCAAGAAGUAUGUUGUUGGGUUGAUCAUUAAGACUUCCUCUGAUCCUGCCAACAUGGAGAAAGAGGGAGUCUACAUUUCAAAACUCAACAUGAUCCUCGUACAGAUCCUGAAACAGGAAUGGCCCAAACACUGGCCGACUUUCAUCAGUGACAUCGUGGGUGCGAGUCGGACCAGCGAGAGCCUCUGUCAGAACAACAUGAUCAUCCUCAAGCUGCUCAGCGAGGAGGUCUUUGACUUCUCCAGCGGACAGAUGACCCAGGUGAAGGCCAAGCACCUCAAAGACAGCAUGUGCAACGAGUUCUCCUCCAUAUUCCAGCUGUGCCAGUUUGUGAUGGAAAACUCCCAGAAUGCACCGCUGGUCCACGCCACACUGGAGACUCUGCUCCGCUUCCUGAAUUGGAUUCCUUUAGGUUACAUCUUCGAGACCAAGCUCAUCAGCACUCUGGUCUACAAGUUCUUGAAUGUGCCCAUGUUUCGCAACGUUACGCUGAAAUGUUUGACAGAGAUAGCCGGCGUGAGCGUCAACCAGUACGAGGAGCAAUUUGUCAACCAGUUCACCCUCACCAUGGGCCAGCUUAAACAGAUGCUGCCUUUGAACACCAACAUCCGAGUGGCCUACGCCAACGGGAAGGACGACGAGCAGAACUUCAUCCAGAACCUCAGCCUGUUCCUCUGCACGUUCCUCAAAGAACACGGACAGCUCAUCGAGAAGAGGAACAACCUGAGGGAGUCGCUCAUGGAGGCGCUGCACUUCAUGCUGCUGGUGUCGGAGGUGGAGGAGACGGAGAUCUUCAAGAUCUGUCUGGAGUACUGGAACCACUUGGCAGCCGAGCUCUACAGAGAGAGUCCGUUCUCCACCUCCAGCACCCCGCUGCUGUCUGACGUGCCCCCCCGCAGACACCUCUACCUGCCCGUGCUCUCACAGGUGCGUUUGCUGAUGGUGAGCCGCAUGGCCAAACCAGAGGAGGUGCUGAUUGUGGAGAACGAUCAGGGGGAGGUGGUGCGGGAGUUCAUGAAGGACACGGACGCCAUUAACCUUUACAAGAACAUGAGGGAGACUCUCGUGUAUCUGACCCAUCUGGACUACGCUGACACUGAACGCAUCAUGACGGAGAAGCUGCACAACCAGGUGAACGGCACCGAGUGGUCGUGGAGGAACCUGAACAUGCUCUGCUGGGCCAUCGGAUCCAUCAGCGGGGCGAUGCACGAGGAGGACGAGAAGAGGUUCCUGGUCACCGUCAUCAAGGACCUGCUGGGGUUGUGUGAGCAGAAAAGAGGGAAAGACAACAAGGCCAUCAUAGCGUCGAACAUCAUGUACAUCGUGGGUCAGUAUCCUCGCUUCCUCCGAGCUCACUGGAAGUUCCUCAAGACCGUCGUCAACAAGCUGUUUGAGUUCAUGCACGAGACCCACGAUGGAGUGCAGGACAUGGCGUGUGACACCUUCAUCAAGAUCGCCCAGAAGUGCCGGCGUCAUUUUGUUCAGGUCCAGGUUGGAGAGGUGAUGCCCUUCAUCGACGAGAUCCUCAACAACAUCAACACCAUCAUCUGCGACCUGCAGCCGCAGCAGGUGCACACGUUUUACGAGGCGGUCGGCUACAUGAUCGCCGCUCAGACAGACCAGGCGGUUCAGGAGCUUCUGAUCGAGAAGUACAUGCUGCUCCCCAACCAGGUGUGGGACAGCAUCAUCCAGCAGGCCACCAAGAACGUGGACAUCCUGAAGGACGCGGAGACGGUGCGUCAGCUGGGCAGCAUCCUGAAGACCAACGUGCGCGCCUGUAAAGCCGUGGGCCAUCCGUUCGUCGUGCAGCUGGGGCGGAUCUACCUGGACAUGCUCAACGUCUACAAGUGUCUGAGUGAGAACAUCUCCUCAGCUGUCCAGACCAACGGCGAGAUGGUGACCAAGCAGCCUCUGAUCAGGAGCAUGAGGACGGUGAAGAGAGAAACUCUGAAGCUGAUCUCAGGCUGGGUCAGUCGCUCCAACGACCCUCAGAUGGUGGGAGAGAACUUCGUGCCCCCCCUGCUGGAGGCGGUGCUCAUCGACUAUCAGAGGAACGUCGCUGCCGCCCGGGAGCCUGAGGUCCUCAGCACCAUGGCAACCAUCGUCAACAAGCUGGGAUCCCACCUGACGGGAGAAAUCCCCAAAAUCUUCGACGCUGUCUUCGAGUGCACUUUGAACAUGAUCAACAAGGACUUUGAAGAGUUCCCCGAACACAGAACACACUUCUUCUACCUUCUUCAAGCCGCCACCUCGCAGUGUUUCCCCGCCUUCCUCUCCAUCGCCCCGGCUCAGUUUAAACUCAUCCUGGACUCCAUCAUCUGGGCCUUCAAACACACCAUGAGGAACGUGGCCGACACAGGUCUCCAGAUCCUGUACACUCUCCUGCAGAACGUCUCCGGAGAGGAGGCGGCCGCGCAGAGCUUCUACCAGACGUACUUCUGUGACAUCCUGCAGCACAUCUUCUCUGUGGUCACCGACACCUCUCACACUGCAGGGCUGACGAUGCACGCCACCAUCCUGGCCUACAUGUUCAACCUGGUGGAAGAGGGGAAGGUCAGCGUGGCUCUGAGCGCCUCCAGCCCCACAAACAACCAGGCGCACGUGCAGGAGUACAUCGCCAACCUGCUGAAGACCGCCUUCCCACAUCUGCAGGACGCCCAGGUGAAGGUGUUUGUGACGGGUCUGUUCAGCCUGAAUCAGGACAUCCCCGCCUUCAAGGAGCACCUGAGGGACUUCCUCGUGCAGAUCAAAGAGUUUGCUGGCGAGGACACGACAGACCUGUUCCUGGAGGAGAGGGAAACGUCUCUGCGCCAGGCCCAGGAGGAGAAACACAAGCUGCAGAUGUCUGUGCCCGGCAUCCUCAACCCUCACGAGAUCCCAGAGGAGAUGUGCGACUGAGCAGCAGCUGCAGCAGCGUGAACAGAAACAGCUCUGGACGGGGAAAAGAGUCACAAGAGAGCACGGACGCUUCCUGUUGAUAGUUUUCUUUUCAAGUGUGUUUGUGUGCGAGUGUGUGUGUGUGUUUGAAAAAGAGAAUGAGGGGCCAGAGGAAGGACCCCAGCACUCGGUUGUACGUCGACCAAAUCAAUGUCAAUAUGUAAAUGAGACUCGUCCCCCCCUGACCCCCUCCUCUUAACCCCGGCGCGGAUUCUUUUCUUUUUCCUACAAACUUAUUUUAUACAAAGAUUUUUUUUUGUGUGUAACAUGCCAUCUUUUGCUAAUUCUUUUGCUCAUUAAAGCUUUAUGUUUGGCCAUUACGGUUCUUCUACACCUGCAUGAAGUUGAAAGAAUGUAAGGUUAUUUUAACUCCCUCUUCACCACCUCAACUCACCUCCUCUCCUUUUUGUUAAUAUGUAAUAUAUAAUGUUGGAACACUUGCGAUGGUUAGAUGACAGAUUGCUCUGAAGUGCCAUGUGCAUGGUACAGGACGAAUGUGAUGCUCAAGGAGUAAACGUUGACUUCCUUGCUUC